AGUAUGUCGCUUCAUCAAGCAUCAGCAUUGAUUAUGCAAGCUGUGCUGCUUGUGCAUUAUCAUACCUCGUCCAGUUUUCGGGUAAGCGCAAGGUCGAAACAAGGCGCUUCUCAUGCUGCUGUGUUGUUAACGUUAUUGGUUAUUCCUUGACACUAUUGAUUCGCCCCUCUUUAUUGCUGCGAGGGCUGGACCUACACCUGCCAGUCGAGACGCAAGAAUGCCUAUCCUAAACCACUCUUCUACCGUCGCUUUGAACGCGAUUGGUCACGAGGCUUUGAAGGACAAGCAUGCGGCUCUGCUCCGCGACCUUGCUUCCACGGAGAAGGAACUGAAACGAGUGGAGAGCUCGCCGGCAUUUUUCAUCGCGCAGGAAGGGGAAGUAGAUGUAGUUGACCAUGCUGAGACAUUUCCGCAACGUGCUGGCUCAUCUGGUGGCUUAUCGUCGUUUUCCUCUUCUUUUUCAUCCAACAAAAACCCCAUUCCGCAGAACCGGGCGCUGCAGAUUUUGCAGCAGCAAGCGCUCGAGUCCGGGUUGUUCAAAAAUCCCGCGUUCGUGAAAAAGGAACGAAUCCGGUGGCAGAGUUUGACAGUGGAGGAGCUAUCCAGGAAAAAACACCCAUCCCCAUCCAUUUUUUGCAUGACAAGUGCUGUUUUUGAUGCGUGUUUUGCACGACAAAUUGGAUGGGAGUGGGAGUUUUUUUGUGGAUAGGAGCAGCAGGCGCAAUACGACGCCAUCUGCGCGGUGGUCCAAAAUUUCAAAAAUUGGCUGGAGGGCUGUGAAGAAAAGAAGAGCUUUAGUGGUGGUGCUCGUGCUAGGCUGCCGACCAGUAGGAGCGCCUCUACUUCGAACGGCGCUAGGGACGAGGUUAUAUCUGGUGCUAGAAGCAGAAAUACAAAUAUUGACGAUAAGUAUACGUCAUCUCAAAAAGAAGAGCGCGCACUUCUUCAAGAGCACGGCAAAUCUUCGCACGUCGAAAUUGCCACUUCCUAUCCACGCGGUAGAGAAAAGCUUCGCGACUGGAUCAACGAGCUGUAUGAGUCAGGGUUGGAGCUGCUCAAUGAGACUGGCUCGGUGUUGUUCAUUUUUACCACCUUGAGACCUGAGUCUGACGAUGAUCAUGAUGGUCACCAGCAUGGCGGCGCUACGGAAAAGUCUUCGGCCGACCUUCUCAACGACGACGCUUUUCUCAGACUGGAUACAUUGUACGCUUUGGCGGUUUUUUAUGAGAGUGCACAACAUGCAGCCACCCCCCUCAGGCUCAGUUCUUGUCAUACAAAAUGGAAAAUCCACAUCCAUUUCAACCCGCUCUGGCCUUUCAACAGCAGCACGCCUUGCAUGUCAAGUUUGGGUCCGGAACCCCAAACAGAUACAGAAAUACCAUCUGUGUGUGGGUUAAUUGUGACACUUGUUACAGAACAAGCCGCCCUUGCAGAAUUACGAAUUACCUUACUUCUGUUGCUGCUUCUCGUCAUGCGCCCGGCGUACUUCAUAUGAGUUUGAGUAGGAGGCGGGCGAGCUGUAGUAGUGCAGCAGUACUUUCAUACUCCUACCUUUGUUUUGUCCCUGUGCACUCGUCUGUUUAUCGCUUCGUCGAACUACCCGGAGGUCGAUAAGGGGUACACGGUCCGGUCCGAUCUGUCAACGGGCUACCUGCGCGUAAAGAAACCAAACGAGGACGGGCGGCCUGACCAGCGGGGCAAGUUUUUUGCCGCUGUGGUUCUUUACCUCGUGGAGCCCAACAGCGGCAAGAAAAUGAUCAGUAGCACCUUCCGCCGCACCAGGGAGUUUUUCAACGCCGACGGCACAUCGCACGAGAUGCACCCCCUGGCGCUGGAGUAUUUCUUGCUACACACGGAGUGCAAGCAGAACAUUCGCACGAUUCUCGCGGUAAUAUUGCUGGCCGACUUUCCGGAACUCAUUAUCGAGUUUCUAUUACAGUGAAAAGUGCCCCCCACCCCCAAAGUUGCAAAAAUUUGUGAUGCGAAGUUUCCAAAUGAAAACUUUUUGUCAUGCAUGAAAGGAGUACGAAUCUUUCGGAUGCAGAGUCUAGUCGUGUUUCGCAUCGCUUGCAUGACAAGCACCGCUCUUGCUGGGAUCUUUUGCAAUACAAAUUUUUGCUAUUCACCAUCGGAAAUCUGUGAUGCUGAUACAUGCAAGAGGGCGAGCGUUUCAUUUGGAAAGGUUUGCAAUACAAAUGCUUUCAAGUUCGGGGGUGGGGGCAUUUUUCAUUGUAAUAGUUUCUCUACGCGAUUUUGCUCCUGAACUACAGCAACCAAACGGUCGAAUUUGGCACAACUACCACCUCGAGCUCCACUAAACCCGCCCUUGGGCGAUGGCCAAGGCGCAGUGCAGCUGGAGUGGAUCGCCUGCCAC